AUGAACUGUUUUUCAACCAAAAAUGAGCAGGAUAUAUUUCUUCAAACACUUAUUGAUAAGUCAGAUAUAAAACAGAGGCGUCCUCGAAAAGAAAAUGCUACACAGAGGCAAAAUGCCUUUCAAUUCUAUGUUUUAAAACAAACUGAUAAAGUUAAAGUCUGCAAGAACACAUUUAUCAGCCUGUAUGGAAUUACAGAAGCCAGAGUUCGCAGACUUUGUGAUUUGCUUAAUGAAGGGAAGAGUCCAAUAGAUAAGAGAGGAUGCCACCCGAAAGCAAAUACAGUGCCUCCUGAAAUAUGCCAAAAAAUACACGAACACAUCCUCUGCUUUCCUAGGAAAAAGACACAUUAUGCAGGAAAAGACAUAGAUUAUCUUGAUGCACAAUUGGAUGUCAAAAAAAUGCAUUCAAUGUUUAAUGAACAAUAUCCAGAUCUCGAUGUAAAGUACAAAUUUUACUUGAAAUACUUUAAUGAAAACUUUACCCUCAGAUUUGGUCGACCACAAGUCGACACAUGUAUAACUUGCGAAGAACUAUCAACAAAAAUAAAACAAUCCAACUUAUCAGAAAAUGCAAAACGUUCAGUAGUAGCUCAGUUAAUGAUCCAUAAAAGACGUGCCAAGAAGUUUUAUAACAAAAUUUCAUCAGUUCAAGAUCUUUGUAAAGAACAAGAUGAUGUUGCAGCGAUAACAUUCGAUUUUAUGCAAAAUCUACCAUUACCACACAUACCUAUACAAAACAUUUUUUAUUUACGGCAAUUAUGGGUUCACUGUUUUGGUAUUAAGGAUUUAAAAACAGGCAAAUCGACAUUUUACAUGUAUCAUGAAGGUAUUGCUAACAAAGGAGCCAAUGAGGUUUGUUCAAUGUUGAUGCAUAAUAUAAAAAAUAAUAUUGGGCCAAAUAUUAAGUAUUUAUAUCUUUUUUCCGAUGGCUGCCCCGGUCAAAAUAAAAAUAAUACAAUGUUGAGAUUUAUGUUGGCUUUGACUGACUCUAAAAGAUUUGAAAAAGUUUAUCAGUAUUUUCCCACACGAGGUCACUCCUUUUUACCAAAUGACCGUGAUUUUGGAGUCCUAAAAAAAAAUGAUCGAAAGCAUGAUCGUAUUUACGUCCCAGGAGAAUACAUUGAUUUGGUUUCGAACUCCAGCUCAACAUUUACAGUCGUAGAACUGAAAACUGAAGAUGUUUUAGAAUUUAAGAAAUGGUGGCCAAAUUUGUACAAAAAAACAUGUUUGUCAACUGAAUCUUAUGGAAAAAAAGUCCCAAAGGACCAGAAAAAGUCAUUUGCUCCUUCGACAUACAUGAGUUUUCAGUAUGAUUCAGAUAGAAAAGGAACUAUCAUAGCCGAGGAAUAUAUUGAUGGAUUGAUCAAACAUUCGUUCUCAUUAAUAAAGAAAAUAACAACUUCUAUUUCACUUCCAUCAAAUAAAGCCUAUGAUUUGAAAGUGCCCAUCAAUAAAAAAAAAAAUAGAUGAUUUAAAACAAGUUGAAGAUAGCAUUCUGGAAGAGCAUAUGCCAUUUUAUAACAACAUUUUUAGCUGGCCAACUGCAAUAAUUGUUGAAAAUAAUCCAGAUGAGAAUGAUGGAGAAUAUGACUAUGUACCAUAAAAAUAUAAAAAAAUAACAAGUUAAUGUAUCUAAAAUGUUAAUAAGAUUAUUUUGAAGUGCAAUUCUUAAUUAUAAGCAAUAAAAAAUAUGAUUACUACGAUUGUUUUGUUUAAAUUAUAUGCCACUAAACCUAUUCCUUGCUAAAACAACAUAAGUUUUUAACUGUUUUUUCAGAUUUUUUUCAUUAUGUCUAUUAAUAAAAUGUAAAGAUUAUACGCUAUUUUAAUUUCUUAUCACUCAAAUACUAAACUAAACAUUAAAAAGCCCUUUAAAACUCAUUUGUUUGUGUAUGAAACAGUUUUUAUUGAUUUCUGAAAAAUUAUAAUUCUGUGACUUAUGAGGUUUUUGAAAUGACCGAUUCAAUUCUAAUUGACUACUUUUCAAAACAGGAAACAAUCCCUGUUUCAGAAUGGAUCAUGCCAAGAAAAAAAAACAUGUUUCCUAUGGAUGACGAAAAUAUUCCGAAAUCGUCGACAAAGAAUAUGGCACGAAUAUUUUUUAAUAAAUAUUUAUAUUUUUAUAGAUAUAUUAUCUUUGCUAUUUAUAUUAUAUAGCCUAUGAUUUGGCUAAACUUGUUUCUUUUAAUUUUUGUCCGAUCUUAGCAGUCGUGGUUUUAAUUUUUAAAUCAUUUAUUUAUAUUUUAUUCCUUUUAGUGAGCAGCUAUUUAUGUAUAAAGAUUAUAUAUUUUUAAUGAACCUUUAAUCUAUACCCAUAAAGUUAUGAUUAAAAAAAACAUACUUUUUUAAAUGGCGUCACACGUCCCCAUACCUAUUUAAUAU